CAUUCCGAGCAGUUCAGUUUUUCGUUCGCGCUUCGCGAGUACUUGACUUGGGGAAACAACAAAUUCCCGUUGGUACUACUAUUCUCCUUUUAGGCAGGAGUUGGUGUGUCAAAUAAAUCAGAUUCUGACUUGCCGAGAACAGUGCGCGUGGAGACCACGAGAAACUUUGUGUGUGGAUUACCGAUUUUGCUGUUUUUGUUUCGGCUUGCACGAAAAACUUCGUGAUCGUGUGCGGAUUGGCUUUUGUUAGCAGCUUUGUGUGUUGUUUUUUUUUUUUGGUUUCGGCAUAUUUUUUAAACUACGGAGAACAAUCAGUUGGAAUCGGCGACGGUGUUUCGGAUUUGUCUCUUCGUCAGCCGUAAACUUCAACGAUCGUGAGCAGUGAGUGUGGCCCAAAAGAAGGGGAAGCCAGCGCCACGAACACGGUUAAUUGCUAAGGAAUCUCGGUAGCGAACCGUUUUCUGGAGGAACCAUCGUAAUCCCGGGAAAGUAUUUUAGCAAAAGUGUGGCCUACUGCAGCUGCGUUCGAAUGUUCGCCACCUGAAGGACAGACAAACCACCACAAACAAGAUAGACAGGCACUGAGUUGUGGAUGAGUUGAAAAGCCUGAAAACGCAGAGAUAAGACGGGUGAAGCCAAAAAACCCGACCGAAGGGGCCUUGUUACGCUUCUAGAUUCCGUCCGACCGAAAGUCUCAAGAAGGUCUGUGCUGGCUCGCACAGUUGGACGGACUCCGAAAGGGCUUCGAAGUGUGGCAGGCAGGCGAGGUACAAAAUAUGAAAACGAGAUAGUUUCAAAAGCGCUACUCCGGACGGCAAAAGAGAGAUGUUUUCAAAAAACGACCUCCAUCAAGGACCAGCGGAGGCGCGGUGAUGAAACCCCGUGCACAGAUCAACCGCCGGACGGACCGUGAGUGUGUGUCUUUUAUGAAUAAUUAAACAUAUGGAAAGUGUUGAGCGGAGUAGUCGACAACGACGACGACGACGACGGCGACGGACAACGGAUUGUGUGCUGUCAGGCUGGCAGGCAGACAAGCCGACGGUGAUUCGUCGGGCGCCCCAGGAGCAAACGGCAACCUCCUAAACGCGCCGUAAUUCGAGAGCUCAACCGAAUCAACGCAGAAAAGUUUCCGUUUUUCUCGGUUGCGGUUGUUGUUGUUGGGUUUUUUUUCCCUUCCCCCAGUAUUCGAGAAAGAAAUUCGAGUGAAGUUCAAGUACUUUAACUUGUACAAUUUUUCGCCCUACCGAGAGUGUUGUAUCGUUGAGGGCAGCGUAGGAAUUUACCCGGGCGCAAAGUGAAGAUUCCCCCCCCGAAGAGGUGAAGUUCGAGAAGAAGAGAUAAGAGAAAAAUUCUUUCAAGAAGAAGUUGUGGGUGUAAGAAAAGAUAAAAAAUAAGCGAGCUGAAAACAAACGUGGAGCUAAGAAGUGCGCAAGAAUAAGAGUUAAAAACGGCGAGAAGAGAGCACGCUGAAAAGAAGGCUUCCAGAAGAAAGAAAGAAAAAAAGGUUAAAAGUUUGCUUACAGUAAAAAACGAAGCUGUUGUGAACCAUAAUUGCGAUAGUAAUAACCACAAAAUUGUGAUAAUCUAUAUAUGAUCUUGGGGGCGAAGAGUGAACGUGAACGAAAAGAAUUCAGGGUAUAGAGAGAGAGAAAGCGAGACAGAGGGAGAAGGAGUUCGCAAAAAAAUAUAUUUAAAAAAACGCUACGGAACGUAAAAGUGAAAUAAAAAGAAUCUCUAAUAAUGUGUAAUUUUUCAAAACAUAUCAUAAUAACACACGGUACUAAAGUUCGCGACGGACCAGCCAGAAGUAGCAGCAGUGGAAUAGUCGUCGGACCAACGGAUGUCCAUAGCUACCUGCAGCAACAUCUUGUAGCAGUCGUCCUAUCCGCGUCAACAAGUGUGUAACAAGCGAAAAGAUUUAAUAGGAUUGUAAAAAGUUUAUCACUCGAAUAAAUCAAUUAUAAAUCGAGACAGCCAGCAUCAGAGCUCUAGCAUCUCAAAACGAGCUGUGGGGAGCACUAGCAGGACCGCCAUCGAAAAGGGACAGAGGAGACCCAGAAACGAUAGACUUGUGAGUGUGGUGGAGAAACGACAGAACACGAACCCCAGUUUACGGGAACAUCAACGACAAGAAGCGGGAGGGCGCGCAAAAUGUUUGACGUUCGUACCGUGGAAGCCGGUGGAAGUUGUGAUCAAGAUCGUGAUAGUGAUACAAUGUCAAUCACAGCAAGACGACGACGUGUAUUUCAACGGCAGGCCUGUUUACUGAGCGUUAUGGCUGCGUUUUCCCUGGGGCUGGCACUUGGCGUGUUUGUGCCACUAAUUGGUAUGUCACAGGCGGUGACGAAUGCGAAAGGAUCUGCCGGUGCCAGCGGUGCCGGUAGUGACAGCGCCACCGAGAGUAAAGAAACCGGACCCAGCUUGCUGGAAAGGUACGAUCAUUUGCCACACAAAUUGCCCCACUUUCCGACGAUCGACGAUCUGCGGGGGAAGGACUCGUACAACUCGGUGUCCUUCAUAGCGGAGGAAAAGCUGAAAGCAGAGGAUGUAUUCCGACAUGCCUUUCACAUCGAUCAGCGAGACGAUAAGGACACUAUGGUGAUCAAGAAAUUUGAUCCCGAAGAUCGUUACAUAAAAGAAUACACGGUUCGACGAACUCCGGAUGGACUUUUCCAUAAAGGUCCGGAAAAGAAGCUUUCGCAACCAUCGAUUAUCGAACAGGUCCUGAGCUCCGGUGGAUCGGAGAAAGACAAUCCGGAAGAAUCCAUCGUACAAAUCGUGAGUCAUAAUUACGACCAAGAUGAUCUGGAGGACACCGAUGGUGUCAUCCUGAACGAUAUAUUUUGGGGUUCUACCGUUGAGCAGGCUCUUCCCAAGGGCUUCGAUAAGCGUCAGAGUGAGUCUUGGACGCGAUAUUUACGAAAUGCCGAAGUCGAUCACCUGGAAAUAGGCUGCGGCAGAAUGCAAAACCGAAUGGUGGUAUUUCGGGAUGGCACCCGGGCGUGUGCCCGGUAUCGACAAAACACCGACCAAAUACAAGGGGAACUGUUUAGUUUUUAUCUCGGCCAACUGUUGAAUAUUACGAACCUUGCACCGAGUGCGGCCGCAAUCAUCGAUAUGGAAACCAAACUGUGGUCAUCGGUCACCGACGACAUCUCGAAUUCCCAGUGGAAGUCCACCAAACCGGUCGUGAUCACCAAGUGGAUUGGAAAUCUCGAACCGGCAGGAAUACCGAAACCGUUCCAACCGUUGGAACGGCAUCUGAACAAAUUGGACAUCAAAAACAUCACCGAAGGUAUCGACCUACCGAAACCUCCGCCGAGUCUGCUAGAUCGACUCGGUGCCACCCCGAUCCCAGAGCAGCUGCAGCCCAUCCGGCCACCGGGCGCACCCCUCGGGGAGCCGGUCCUGAAGCGGCUCGUCGAACUGGCUCAGUGGUCGGAUCUGAUUGUAUUCGACUAUCUGAUCGCCAACCUCGAUCGGGUGGUGAACAACUUGUACAACUUCCAGUGGAAUGCCGACAUCAUGGCCGCUCCGGCGCAUAACCUCGCCCGUCAGAGUGACUCACAGCUGUUGGUCUUUCUGGAUAACGAGUCCGGGCUGCUGCACGGCUACCGGUUGCUGAAGAAAUACGAAGCCUACCACGGUUUGCUGCUGGACAAUCUGUGCGUGUUCCGGCGGUCGACGAUCGUGGCACUGCAGCACCUGCGGGAUAACAACGUCGGCCAGCGGCUGAACGAGCUGUUCGAGCGAACGACCAACGCCAAGAUUCGGGACGUGCUGCCACCGCUGCCGGAGAAAUCCGUCAAGAUACUAGUCGAUAGGAUUGAUCGAGUGUUAGGUCAAGUGCAAAAGUGUCGCGAAAUUUUCUCCAACCGAUAGCCCCGAUAGAUAGGACACCGUCGAUCGAUCGAUCCGUCGUCACCGGUCGGAGGAAACGCGGUCCGAGUAGGGAAAAAAGUACGCUGGUCGUGUUCAAAACAGAAGUUUUUUUUAAUUUUUCUCUCGCGCCCCCUCUCUCUCUGCGGGAUCUACUGCGACCUAGGCGAUUGCGGUAAAGCGAUAUCCGUUCCGGAGAGGGGCCGAGUGAGUGUGAGCGAGGGCGGAACGGACGGGACGGAGGCAGUGCAAAAAUGCAUCGUUUGUUUAGUGCUGUUUUGUUGUUCCGAUUUAUUUGUUUCUUUGUUUGUUUGCUUCAAUUAUUCCUGCAUCGACUAGGAUCUGAUUGGGCAACUGAGUUUGUGUGUGUGUGUGUGUGAGUGUGAUUGGACACGAGUGUGAUACUGCAUGUGCUCUUUAGCUGUUGUUGUUUUUUUGUUGUCUGCAAUUGUUGCCAGCCAGUCAGCCGGUCUCGCUCGCACUCUCGCUAGGAAUCCCGGCGUAGGACGACCUGGGGAGACCCCCAGCCGAGUUUGUCCAGGUGACCUCGAGGAAUCGAUACACAUGCCCGUAAGUUUAGUUUGUUUAUACGAGAUUUAGGGAAUUUAUCGCGAUUUUUAGCCACUAACCACGGCCGAGGUACAAAGGCACCAAUGGAAAAUUGUUUUAGGUAGAGGAAAAUAGCGAGAGAGAUUGAAAGACAGUAUAAAAUAGUUUAGUGAAUAGCAGCAGGGGUGAAUACAAAAACCGGACGAGAUCUGUGUGUGUAUGUGUGUGUGUGGGAAUGCUCGAACCGUUGGUAAAUAUUGGGAUACAAAAAGGGCUCCAAUGGUUGAUGUCGUUUGGAUCCCGCUUGGAAGCUCUUGUUUUCGUAGGGUCUCGGGAAUGAUGCUUGAUGACGAGAAUUCUCUAAUUGGCUUCAAUCUGAGCCAGGUGAAGAGUUUUUGAAUUAAUUUUCUCUUUGCUAUAUCCCUCUCUCGCUCAUCCCCCUGGUUCAGGAGAAGCAGUGAGGCAUAUUUCCUAGCGUCUUGAAGAAGGCACCUUUCAUUGGUCGGCCGAGAUUAGCACGGUAGGGGAUCUCGAGGGCCAAUUUGAGAUUUGAAGUCGAAAAUUGAAAACGGAGCUUGUUAUUCGGCUAUUAGCACUGCAAAUGAGUGCUGCAUGAAGUGCAGUGGCUAUGGCUAACUAUUCAUUGGCGGUUGUUUUUGACUCCGAGGGCUUCUUAAAUGUCUGGAUUUUCACUUUCAUAACAGUUAGUUGCCACGUUUUAUCAUACUGGCCAAUAAUCUUCAGUAUUACAUAGAACAAUAAAAAGAUU